GUGCUGCCGGAGAUCAUGCUCCCGGUGUGGUUCACCGAUAACCUGGACGUGGCGGCGAGCUACAUUCAGAACCAGAGCGAAGACUGUCUGUACCUGAACGUGUACGUGCCCACGGAGGACGGUGAGUACCAUGCAAGAGAAGCAGCUCACAGACCCUCCACCAAAAUGUGUGCUGAGGGAGGUGUCCACUCAAUCAAACAGGAGGAGAAACGAGCCGCUAACGACGGGGGUGAUGAUGUUGAUAUCCGCGAUCGGCGUAAGAAGCCCGUCAUGAUGUUCCUCCACGGGGGUUCGUACAUGGAGGGCACGGGGAACAUGUUCGACGCCAGCGUGCUCGCAGCCUAUGGCAACGUCAUCGUGGUCACCCUCAACUACAGACUGGGCGUGCUGGGGUUCCUCAGCACAGGAGACCAGUCGGCCAAAGGGAACUACGGGCUUCUGGACCAGAUCCAAGCUCUGCGUUGGCUGAACGAGAACAUCGGUCACUUUGGAGGAGACCCCGAGAGGAUCACCAUCUUUGGGUCUGGAGCGGGGGCGUCCUGUGUCAACCUGCUCAUCCUCUCACACCACUCAGAAGGUUUGUUCCACCGGGCCAUAGCGCAGAGCGGGACAGCCAUCUCCAGCUGGUCGGUGAACUACCAGCCCCUGAAGUACACCAAGAUCCUGGCACGGAAGGUGGGCUGCACGUACUCGGAGACGGCCGACCUGGUGGACUGCCUCCGGAGGAAGAACUUCAGGGAGCUGGUGGAUCAGGACAUCCAGCCCGCGCGCUACCACAUCGCCUUCGGGCCCGUGGUGGACGGAGACGUGGUGCCGGACGACCCGGAGAUCCUCAUGCAGCAGGGGGAGUUCUUGAACUAUGACAUGCUGAUCGGAGUGAACCAGGGAGAGGGGCUCAAGUUUGUGGACGACAGUGAAGACAAUGACGGCAUCUCGGCUGCAGCCUUCGACUACACCAUCUCCAACUUUGUGGACAACCUCUACGGAUAUCCAGAAGGUAAAGACAUCCUGCGAGAGACCAUCAAGUUCAUGUACACGGACUGGGCCGACCGGGACAACGGGGACAUGCGCCGCAAGACUCUGCUGGCACUGUUCACCGAUCACCAGUGGGUGGCGCCGGCGGUCGCCACAGCCAAACUGCACGCCGAGUUCCAGUCCCCGGUCUACUUUUACACCUUCUACCACCACUGCCAGACGGAGACGAGGCCGGAGUGGGCCGACGCCGCUCACGGAGACGAGAUCCCGUACGUGUUCGGAGUGCCCAUGAUCGGAGCCACGGACCUGUUCCCCUGUAACUUCUCCAAGAACGACGUGAUGCUGAGCGCCGUCGUCAUGACCUACUGGACCAACUUUGCCAAAACGGGCGACCCCAACUUGCCUGUCCCUCAAGACACCAAGUUCAUCCACACCAAGCCCAACCGCUUCGAGGAGGUCAUCUGGACCAAGUUCAACUCCAAGGACAAGCAGUACCUCCACAUCGGCCUGAAACCCCGCGUCCGAGACAACUACCGCGCCAACAAAGUGGCCUUCUGGCUGGAGCUGGUUCCUCACCUCCACAGCCUUCACGAGGAACUCUUCCCCACGACAACGCGCUCCCCGUCGGGCCCUGGCUCCGGCCCGGGGACCCGCACUUGGUCACGCACUCCCGGCCCCCGCACCACCCGCCACCCUUACCCCACCUUCCCCUCCGACCCUGAACCUGAAGGAUCCGACCGCCCCAACCAAAACCUAUUUCCCUUCGACACCAGGGACUACUCCACGGAACUCAGCGUCACCGUGGCUGUUGGCGCCUCCUUGCUUUUCCUCAACAUCCUGGCAUUCGCCGCUCUCUACUACAAACGGGACAAGCGGCACGAGCUGCGACGCCACCGCCUGUCUCCACAGAGGGGCGGUCCGGCCAACGACCUCGCCCACAGCCAGGAGGAGGAGAUCAUGUCCCUGCAGAUGAAGCACUCCGAGCACGACGCGCACCACGAUCUGGAACCCCUCCGUCCCCACGACAUCCUGCGCCCGUCUUGCCCGCCCGACUACACCCUGGCACUGCGGAGGGCGCCAGACGAUGUGCCCCUCAUGACGCCCAAUACUAUAACCAUGAUCCCCAGCACCAUCACCAGCAUGCAGCCCCUCCACGCGUUCAACACCUUCCCAUCCACGGGGCAUAACAACACCCUACCGCACCCGCAUUCCACCACCCGGGUAUAG